CAAGAAUAGAACCAACACUCCACUACAUUCUCCAUGUAGAUCUACACAGUACAGACUACAGUUGGACUAUCCACUCCAAACCCAUUUAUAAACCAAGUUUUAUCCCGAGGAAAAAUAAACCAGUCUUUCCAGUCUUCAGUCUGACGAUCAUUCACACCGCUACCCCACAAACUAAACUAUUUUAACCAACCUCUCCCCCCCAAACCCCAACCCCAACCACAUUGAUUUAUUUACUUUACUAUUUAAUAACCACCACCUCCUCGUCCUCCUCCACCACCACCACCACAACCACAACCACAAACCCAUAACUCCAGAACAAUUACCACAAAACAAUUCACCAUAAAUCUAUCACCACAAAAACAACCCUCAAAAUGCUCUUCACUACCAUCCUUGCCUCCACCAUUGCCCUGGGAAUGGGCGUCUCCGCAGCUCCCACAGCCAGUCCCUCUCCCAACCCCAACUACCGCUACGUCCAGCUGCGCGUCUACGGCGCACCCGGCUGUUCGGAACUAAACCAGGGCGAGUUGGGAGUGUACGGCGACAGUCUUAACAAGUGCCAGACCUUCAACGACAACACCAUCAAGUCUGUGCGCUUCGAAGCCAAGUAUCAGGACAGCUGUACUGUGGCUCUCUACGAUGACGUCACCUGCCAAACUAAUCGCCGCGAAGUCCAGGUUGAGACCUGCCUUUCCGGUGACGACUCUGAACAGUUCCGCAGCUAUAUUGUCCAGUGUCCUGGUGUCUAAGUCAGGGAUCUGGACUUGCGUGUGCUCUCUCUCUCUCUCUUUUUUAAAUCGCUUUAUGUGAACGUUAUGAGAAGAUGUCUUGGCGAGGUGGUUACGAUUGGUAUUUGAUAUGAUAUUAUGUACAGCGUGUAUCUAGUCUUAUAAUAACUUAUAUAUAAUUAUAUAAUUAUGAUUAUGAUUUAUGGGA